CACCAAAAUGGUUGCCCACACGUGCGUAACAGCCGGGCACAGCAAUAAAGCAGCACAGACUCUACACUGAACCUUCUAGAAAAAGUUGAUAGCUUCACCGUGUCCAAGGGUUGUUUUUAUACCUUUCACAUGUGCCCCACUAAUUCGGGUCCUAGGAGAAACCCUGACACACAAACAAUUUCAAAACCUAAAACUGUUUCAUUGGCCCUAUGAUCAUGGAAUCCGUUUUGUAGUCUAGCGAUGCCCUCUGGUGGCUGAAUGAGCUAAACACAAGGUGCAGGUAAAGUAGAAGGAGGUUAACAGGAUGUGCCUAGAGAGGAAAUCUGGUAGUAAAGGAGAAACAGUCUACGUUAAACAUUUACAAAAUAAAAUACACAUUUCAUAAAGGAAGAUUAUGGCGCGGUUUAUUUUACGAUAACAAACGCUGGACGGCGCUACAACAGCAUGUUGGCACGGGAGCACCGCCUCCUUUCCGUGUGUCGUUUGCAGUGUGAAAGUUCACAGGGCAUGCAAAGGUCGUGUUGUGUUUUUAGCGAGCUAUGGCUGCCUUGAGUUGGUUUACGUGCAGACAGCUGCCGCGGAUUGCAAAUCAGUUCGCCUGGGUUGUGAAGCACGUCAGGCCUCAGUACCUCGGGGGACUGCCGGUGAGGAGAGUCCACGGGUCGUCGCGGAAAUGGGUGGCUGAGAAGGGGCCAUGGGGCAAGGCUCGGAUGCCAGAGUAUCAUCUUCUGACAGAACUCGAUAAGGCGGAUGCCUUGAUGCUGAAAAAGUCCCACGAAACUGGGUUCCUGUCUUGGUUCCGGAACGGACUCCUGGCCACCGGGAUCGGGGUCAUCGCUUUCGUCCAGAGUGAUGUGGGACGAGAGGCAGGAUAUGCCUUCUUCAUCCUGGGUGGUGUGUGUGUAUCGUUCGGCGGGGCGUCCUACGUGGGCAGCCUGUUUUCGCUGAGGAGGAUGAUGCUUCUCUCCCUGCCUGCCGUGCUGCUGAAUGUUGCUGUGGUGAGCAGCGUCGCCCUCUUCUGGCUGUGUGCGGUAUCUCUCUACAUCGGACGCCUGGAGGUGGAGAUUAUACAUGAGGAGGACGAGGACGAUGACGGAGAGGAGUGUCCAGACUGUCGGGACCGCGCCAACCACUCCCAUGGCAACCGGCACCACGGCAGCAACAAAGGCCAAGACAAGUAGAGAGUGUGAGUGGCAAAGGUGACGAGGUGUGUGUGUGAGUGAGUGAGAGAGGACUGAGAGGAAGUGUGUAUGACAUUCAAAGAGAGAGGGGGAAUAAAGGGGAUCAGUGAAAGGCAUGAUUGAUUUGGAUGGUGGUUGUUUGCUGACCUCUAUUAAUUUGUGUGGUUGGGUAUGUUAAAUUGCUGGGAUAAAGAGUUCAUUUUUAGUUCAUAAUAUCAAUGUUAGAAUGUUUUUUUUAAUUGUAGUUUUAUUUUGCACAGGCACUCUGUGAGAGUGCCUCGUUUGAGUUGAUUUACUCCUGAUCAUGUUUACUUUAUGAAUCAAAGUGCCCUGUACAAUUCCCAAGCCAUACUCUGAGCCAGCUCAUGCUGUGUUCACCUAAAUAUGGUUUUGAUUGAUGUAAAAAAAAAAAUUUAUAUCAGUUUAUUCUAUAUUUAUUACGAAGGAGUACUUGGAUUCUCUGUAGUCAUCCAUGCUGGUGAUGUAGAAUGAGGAGAUGUAGCCCAUGUUGCAGUGUUGAAUGGAUGAACUAGCCCUAUGUGAAUUUGCGAUAUAAUGUAUAAAUACUCUAAUCAGCAA